CUUGAAGGCGUCCCUCGCCCUCCUCCGCCACCUCGUCACUCGAAGCGUAUACCCUUGCCAUCUAAAAGACAUUCCUCGUCUCUUGAGGCUCGAGGGGGCAUCUCACCACGACGGCAACGCUCACCGGGAGGCCGGAAGAGACUACCCACUGCUGCACCGAAGGCCACCCCCCAGACACCUCCCAAGACGUGCCCCGUCUCUGCGCUGGAAAAGAUCGCCACCGUCGUUCCGUCAGAGGCCAUGGAAGAGCCCAGGCGUAACCCAAAACGCAAGGCCAGCGAGGCUACUGAGCGUAUUGCCGACCACGACCCCUGGGACGUACUGUUAGAGGAAGCCCACAAACCUCUGACCGAAGAAGACCUGGAAGAAUGGGAGGGCUGGAUAGAAUUGGAGUCUGAUCCUGCCUUCUUUAGCACUAUUCUCCACGAACUGGGCGUACGAAACGUCAAAGCACAAGAAAUGUUUACAACUUCCGAGGAAUCGGUAGCUACUCUACCAAAGCCUAUAUUUGGCAUGAUAUUCUUGUUCAGAUAUGGAUCAGUUUCAAAUGAGACACAACACGGCGAUGCUGCGGGGGAUGAUGUAUGGUUCGCAAACCAGACUACCAGCAAUGCUUGCGCCACUGUCGCCCUGCUCAAUACCGUCAUGAACUCGCCCGAGAUGGACAUCGGCAACAAGCUCAGGGAAUUCAAGGAAAAAACCAAGGAACUCAGCACGCCCCUUCGCGGGUACCAGCUCAGUUCCAGCCCGUUUAUACGCAAAAUUCACAACUCUUUUUCCCGCAGGAUGGACCAGCUCAACGAGGACCUUUUUCUGGAGAAUAUGUCCAGCAAUGGGAUCGGUGCCAAAAGGUCAAGGAACAGCAGGGCUCAAAAGAAGGGCAGAAGAAGAAAAGGGAGUGGCCAAGAUCCCCCUUUUCACUUUGUCGCCUAUGUUCCUGUCAACGGCCAGGUCUGGGAGCUCGAUGGGCUCAAGAAGAAACCCAGCGUUAUCGGCCCCAUAAAGUCAAAAGACUGGACUGAGGUCGCGCGCAACCACAUCCAGACAGUAAUGACAGAACGCCAAGAUGACCAGUUCGCAUUCAACCUACUAGCCCUGUGCCAGAACCCUCUGGCAUCGCACGCAUGCAAGAUUUCGCAGCACCUCAAGAUCCUACAGACUCUCCGCGAGUCGAUACAAUCCGAACCUGAACUGUCAGGAAAUGUCAGUACGACAGACAGCAAUGCCCUCUUGGACAAAGUUGCAGACGAAGGACUCUUGGAAUUCGAACUCACAACAGCUGAUGUCGAGAAUGUGGAGAUAACCGAAACGUACAAGCGUGACAUGGAAGAGGCAUUGGGAAAUGCCGAGAGCGUGCAGAAGCUACACGACUCUCUCGUCGUCAUGACCAAGGCUUCCAUGGGGGAGUACCGAGCAGAGCUGUCAUCUGCGGCCGAGGAAGAACUGCGCGUUAAGGAACGCAAGAAUGACUACGGCGCUGUACUUCAGAAAUGGGUCUCAAAGUUGGCUGAGAAGGGAGUGUUGGAAGACAUGAUUGCUGACAGUAGGUAG